GAUACAGUGGAUGUUCUCGCCGGUCGCCUUAUUCGUUAUCAUGGGCUACCAGAGGCCUUCAUUUCGGACCGUGAUCCACGUUUCCAAUCAGAUCUAUGGCAGCAGCUGUGUACGCGUUUUAACAUCAAACGCGCCUUAUCCUCCUCGUACCACCCCCAGAGCGACGGCCAAACUGAACGAGUAAACCGCACGCUCGCACAAAUGCUCCUCACCUACAGUCAAUCUGAUGAACGCGAAUGGAGGCGAUUAUUACCUGCCUUAGAGCUCGCGUACAACACCACUAGCCAUUCUUCCACUGAGCUUUCCCCCUUCGAGGUCAUGAUUGGUAAGAACCCCCUGACUGCAGCGGAUCUCGAUGUCGUGGGUGCCCUCUCCGCUACCCUUACUCCACCGAUGACCAAGCUCUUUCGCCAGCUCUGCGACCGGGCGCAGCGUCAUAUCCUGAAGGCAAAAGGUCAGCAAAAGCACUACUCAGACACCCACCGCCGCGAAGUGGAGUAUGCGGUGGGCGACAAAGUCUGGCUGAGUAGCAAGCACCAGGCUCACAGCGGGCAAUCAGACUGCGAAUGUGGCGCUGUGGACGGGGAAACUGCGAGAGCAGGGGAUGCCACCGGACGACUCGUUGAUUACUGUAGUGUUGCAUGCUCUUUCUCAGGCAUGUCGGGGAUUGAGAAUCAGUUUGAAUGGUAA